AUGGAUCCAAACGGUGACAAAGUCGACGGCAAGGCCCUUCCCUGGACCGAAGAAGCCAAAUUCCAGUUCCUCAUCCGCAUUGUCGCUCAGCUUCGCGAGAACGGACGGUCCAUCAACUGGCAGAAGAUCGACAUGCCAGGGCGUACUGUCAAGUCCAUGCAGAAUAUGUGGACAAAGAUAAAUAAGAUGAUUGCGGAGGUUGAGGCGGAGAGCGGAGAUGCGCCAAUCAAGAGGCCAAGUCGUGGGUUCCCCCCCUAUUUCUUUUCUUCUUUUCUUGUCUCCUCUGUGCGCUUCUCUCUUGGUUUCCGGCUACUUCUUGUUUUGCACCUGUUUGAAGAAUUGAACGGUGCUGAGGCGCUUUCCUGCGUUGCUGGCUUGCCGUGGAGAAUCGGGAACCUUAUGACUGAUAAGCCGGCAGCUCGCAAGAGGACCCCGAGGAAAGGUCAAAGUGUCGCAGCCUCAGAAGAUGAUGACGAGCGUUCGACCCCGGCAAAGUCUCCUCGGAAGGGGUUGCCCCAGAAACGUGCCUCCACCGGUAGGGGCGGUACUGCCAAGAAGCUCAAGAAAGGAGCCGAUGACAUCGACGACGAAGACGACAUGGUGUUCAAGCCUGAGCCCGAAGUGGAUGUAUGA